CUCUCUCUCUCACUUCCUCAUUGUCUCAAAAUUUGUGGAUAAGAAGAAAUUUUGCAAUAAUGCGCCAAACUCUCCGGCACUACACUCGUUAGUAGUAGAGCUCUCCCAACACCAUGGCUGGUAUCACCACCAGCUGCUCACUAAAACCGGUGCCAUGCCGUAAAACGACGCCGUCUCCGCUCACUCUCUCCUCCUCCGACUCCAAAUUCUUCAGUUUCCGUGUACGUGACCCUAACUUCAACUCUCUCGUCUCUCUCUCCUCGACUCUCGCCACCACUCCAAUCAACUCCCGCUACGGAGGCGGCGGCGGCGGCGGCUCUCGGUACUCCGGCCCUGACUCGCGGCGGUCACGGCAGAGCGACUCCGAAGACGAACAGGCUCUUGAUUUAUCCACUAUCAGGUCAGAUUCCGUCAGGCUUAUCGAUGAGCAGCAGAAUAUGGUAGGAGUAGUGUCUAAAGCUGAGGCUCUUCGGAUGGCAGAGGGUGUUGAGCUUGAUCUUGUUAUAUUAUCACCGGAUGCAGAUCCCCCAGUUGUCAGAAUAAUGGAUUACAAUAAAUAUAGAUAUGAACAGCAGAAGAAGAAACGAGGACAACAAAAGAAAAGUGCUGCAACUCGCAUGGAUUUGAAGGAGCUAAAAAUGGGUUACAAUAUUGACCAGCAUGAUUAUUCUGUGCGUUUGAAAUCUGCCCAAAAGUUUUUGAAAGACGGUGACAAGGUUAAGGUUGUAGUGAACUUGAAAGGUCGUGAAAAUGAGUUCCGGAAUAUUGCUAUUGAGCUUAUCAAACGUUUCCAGAAUGAUGUCGGGGAGCUUGCAACGGAGGAAUCCAAAAACUUCAGGGACAGGAACAUGUCCAUAGUCUUGGUUCCCAACAAGGCUGUUCUACAGAAGGGUCAAGAACCCGCAAAGAAAAAAGAUAAGUCAGAAGCAGUAAAUGAAGUAUCGGCUAGUAUCUGAAGGCGCUCGUGCAUGUUUGUUAAGAGUAAAAACUGGGCUAUUCUAUUUGUAUUCUUUAACAACGUUGGGGGAUAUUGGAAGGUUAUUUAUGUACAGCGCUGGUGUGAUACCCGGUUGAGAAUAUAUAUUCUCUAGAUUUUGAUGGAAGCUGUCCUUUCAAUUUGAAUUAUUCCAUUAUGGACUUUAAGGCCAUAGUUGUAAAAAAGAAGUGUUACAGCUUAUAUUGAAGCAAAAUAUUUUGUGAUCACUGACCGGGCUCAAUUAACCAGGACAUGCAGAGCUAUCAUCAUAAGCUUAUAGUUAAAAGAACAUUCUCAAGAUAUCUACAGUUUUGUGUCA